AUGUAUCGCAAAUCAAUGGCAGAAGAGACAUUUGUCCGAUAUGCAAGCCCAAACGAGCGGCGUACGAUAAUCCGAGAAAACCUGGGUUACUACAACUCAGUAUCUGUCGGCGCUGUGUAUGAUUUUUGCAAUCAACAAAUUGAUCUUGGCAAUCCUUGUUCAUUUUACGGUGCGCUCCAAAGCUGCAUCCAAGAGCAUCCAUCUCUGAGUGUCGUCAUUAAAGCUCAAGAGACUGAUCAGCCAUAUUGUGAGCGCGCCAACACAGCUGACCUCGAAGCUCAUGUCAUCAUUGGCGAUGAACUCAGGGUAGCCGGCCCGAAUAGCUUGGAUGAAACUCGAGCUCUCGAAGCGGUAUUGACUUCAUGCGUCGAUGCGUCAUGGUUACAAGAGUCGGAUAAACCGCCGUGGCGCAUUCUUGUAUAUCCUCUGGUUUUAUCGCCGACACAAAAAUCACCUCGAUGUUUCAUUGCAUUUUCAUAUUCGCACGGACUCGGUGAUGGAAUGUCAGGGAUUGCUUUUCAUCGCACCUUUUUGAAAGCCAUGCAGCCGAUGAAACAUACUUCAGCAGUAUCCAAAAUAUUCAAGAUCCCGAUGCAGACAACUACUCCUGCUUUCGAUACGGCUGAAAGACUUCCCAUCUCAUGGGGUUACCUGCUGCGGCCUAUACUGGCCGUAAUGUUGCCGUAUAGCAUUGCGAAUCUUUUCGGUUUUCGCGCAGCGGCCAGCACAGUCGAUGAAGGCACUUGGCUUGGCCAAAGAAUCUUCUUUGAGCCCGAGCAUUCUUCAACCCAGAUUAAACUGCUGGAAAUCGACAAUUCGACACUGUGGAAAGUUCUGUCUACAUGCAAAAGAAAUGGCACAAAGUUUACUGGGUUACUUCAUCAAGUGGUUAUUCGAGCGUUAAGCAAGACUAUUCCAGAGUCUGAAGCAACCAACUUCGCUGGAGUGACAGCUGUCAAUAUGCGAGCAUCCAUCGACGUGUCCCAGAACGAGAUGGGUUUAUAUGUUACUGCACAUUAUGCACAACUGCCAAGGGAGCACGGGUCGGGUGAUUUGGCGGAUAUAUCUUGGAGAGCAGCCCGAUCAAUGACCGAGGAGUUUGCCGAAAGUGCAGUGAACCUUACAAAUCAGCCUAUAGGUCUACUCAGAUAUGCUCCUAGUAGGCUGAUAUAA